AUUAAACCUAGCGCAACUAAACCACGCGCCAAAAAGUCCAUUCAAAGUGAUCCCAUAAGGGGGCGAUGGUCGAGGGCAAGCGGAAGAAGGCCUUGUCCUCGUCGUUCCUGUGCUCGCCGAUACCCAAGGACCCGUCGCAAGUGUUUUACGUCGAUGAUACCAGCUCAUUACAGUCCAAAGGCGGAUCCAACGGCACCUUCCUGGACGACAUGAACACGCCGAACAAGAGCAGUAAUAACCUCUCGCCCGAGCAGGUGAGGAAGCUUCAGGAGCGCGUGCUGGAGCUGGAGAAGGAGCGAGCAGAAGGUGCAGGAGACUACGAUACACAAGGAACUAGACUGUACAGGCUCGGACUGACAAUGUUAUAUUGGACUAUUGCUACUUCAUAGCCAAGCAAGCUGUGGAGACUGAAAGUGCGAGGAAGAACAAGCGGCAACGACUCGAGAUCGAGAGUAUUGCGGUCUCCAAGAAUGAGGAGCUGAAGCGAGAGAUGCAGAUGCUGAAGAUUCAGUUGGAGACAAACUCCCAGCGCCACCAGAUCGAGCUGAAGGAGAGAGACGUGCAACUGGACCAACUUCGACGCCAGCUAAAGUUUGCUGUGGUGGAGGAGGAGGAGACGCGGAUGGAGCUUAAGACCCUCACAAAUGAAUAUUCGGCGGAAAAACUGCAGCUGGAGAAGAGAGUGGUUGAGCUGGAGGCGCAGUUGGAGCUUGUCGAGGGGAAGCUGAACGAGUGGAAGGAAAAAGCUCUCGAAGCAACCAGCCAACUGCGCUUACAAACUAGACAGUCGGCGAUGAAGAUCCAGCUUUUACAGGAUGAACUGGAAGCUGCUCAAGACUCGUCGUCGACCUCUUCUCAGGUUAGUUCGGGGCUGAUGCUCAACUUGUUUCUGUGUCGUUUAUUUAUUCGAUUUAAUGUUCCUCAGAGCGAGGACAAUAUUCUUGAAUCAAAGAUUCGUUUGCUAGAGUCCCAGCUGAAGGAGAAGAGCUUGGAGGCUGAACAUGCAGCGUCUACUUUGCUUGGAGCGCAAGAGACGCUGGAAAAUGCGAGAGAAGUUCGCGAACUAAACGAGCAGAUCACGCAAUUGCAGUCGACAGAGCGCAAACUCAAGGCUGAGUUGGUGGACCUGAUCGAGGUGUCUCGAUCAUCUUCUAUUCUGCAGGAAAAGCUGUAUCAGACGACCCAGAAGCUGCAGCAGAGUGAAGAGCGGAACACUCAGUCGCUCAAACGCAUUGAGAGUGCAAUGCUCGUGGAGGAGGCCCACAAACAGUUCUACGACUAUUUUGAACCAAUUGUGAAGGAAGAAAAGAGUGGUGUGUCAUUGGAGGACCUAAAGAACCGACCGGCGGCUGCAGUAAUUGAGCUGUAUAAGGCGCGCCAAAAUGCUUUUGAAAUUCUAUUCGAGCACAAGAGCAACGCCGAGAUCCAACGUCGACGGCUGGAGAAGCAAUGUGAAAAAUUCCAAAGCGACUUGAUCACGUCGGGUAACAAUUGCGCAAAGCUUGAAAUGCAGUUGGCGGAGAUUCAGGAGAAGAUGAAUGGCUCCAACGAUGUGGUCACACACUUACGGAAGGUGAACGCAGAGCUGAUCGAGAUUCUUGAAACGUACGGAAAGGAUCCAGACGACCAGGAGGCAAAUGAGCUCUCAACAAAGCGCGUUGCCUUGCUGGAGUCCUUGCUGAAGCAGUCACAAGAGUUGAUUAAGGGGAUGGAGUCCACUCAAAAAUCCAUGGCGACACCUGCUGCUGUCAAGAAGUAUGAGUCUCGGAUUGAGCGACUGGAGAAGGCGCUGGCCGACGCGAAGCAGGAGAAUGGAAAUCUGAAAAAGCAUCUUGAGAAGGCGGAGAUGGAACUGGCAGUCUUUGAGAAGCGGCUGGGCAGAGGCGAAUUCAACGUCGAAACGACGAAGAUUGUGCAUUUGGCUGUAAAUCCAACACGUGAGCUGCUCCAAAGUAAGGCCAAAUCUAGUGACAUUGAGAAACUGCGUCAAGAAAACGAGGCGCUGCGGUCAAGACUCAGCAAACUCACAGACGGCGAAGACGCAGAGUCUCCUGGUAUUGCUGAGGACAAACUUACGACCACAACGUCGUAUGAUACGGUGGAGGGCCUCAAGAAGCUCAAUCAGCGUCUGAAGCAGGUGCGCAGAUUCGUCAUGCUGCUUGCAAUUACCAAAUUAACACACAAUAAUGAUAUCUCCUUGUUCUUGCAGGUGUUCGGUGACCAAAUCCGACAGUACAGAGAGGCUGUGUAUUUGCUGACGGGCUACAAGGUGGAUUUAAGAAAGAGCAACGGCAUGGAGCUGCUUCGCCUGCGCUCCGUGUACGCCGAGCACGAUGAUGACGAGCUGCUGGUUCGCAUGGAGUCGAACGGAUCGUUGGAGCUGCUGGACAGCGAGUUCUGCUCUCAGAUCAACCAGCGCGUAUUCGCCUACCUGACGACAUGUCGGUCGUUCCCGGCGUUCCUGUCCACACUAACACUGCACCUGUUCGAGAAGCAGACUUUCCAGGGUAAUUAGCAGCUAAAAGCUCUCAACAUUUGAACAAAUUGCUCAAUAAACCGAAGCUGCGAGUCACUCGAGACUCCUCAAAUCC